AAGUUAGAGUUUCUCUAUCGGGGAGGUUCAGCAGGGAUCCCGUUUAACAGAGAGAGAGGAUGAAACAGGACCACAACUGCUGCGCCUCUGCGCAUCAUCAUCAUGUCUCCACACACACUGACCGACCCACAGCUGCUGCUGCUGCUGCUGCUGCUGCUGCUGCUCUGACAGCAGGUUGUAAACUGCCAUCAAACAAUUGGAUCCGGACUCUUGAACUGGCUGCAUCUUCUGUGGUUUAUGCUGCAGACGUGUGCGUAAUUGCAAAGGAUGAUUUGUUUCUUCCUGGAUGUUUAAUCCCUGGUGACUCCUCGGUGAUGUGAACCGGACAGAGUGGAGAUAUAUCAGGUUUCGUCCAAUCAGCAGGAAGACGUGCCCCCUCCCACCCUGGAGACACAGCUAUGACUUCUCCUUUCUCCUCAGCUGUGUUGCACUCUGACAUCUCAUUUAGCUAGUAUGCAAACCUUUUUGCUCCUUUUUGUGUUGGAUCAAGGCUCGCUUUUCCAUAAAUGUCAAGGUAAAUGAUGAACGACAAUGUUGAAAAGUUCUCCAAGGAUAAAACUUUAGACAUUUAUGCUCAGACGAAGACUUGAAAGAAGCCCAGUGUGGCGAUGCCGACGCCGAGGGCUCCAGCACAAAACUACAACGUCGUCUGGCGAGAAAGUUGACUCAACUUUUGCUGCAACGCAACGUCAUUCUGCAAGUUGUAAAAUCCUCUCUGAACAUCAUAAAGUCACGGAUUUAUCACUCAAACUGGACUUCCUGGAUUGUAUUUCAUGUCCCAUCAACGCAAACCCCUUGCGUUGUUUUAACACAGGGCUGAUUUCAGUCCGCUAAUGGGGAGGUCAUCCAUCAAACCUCCGUCCUGUGCUUCUCUUUUGUUUGUGGGAACUUUGUGGUUUCUGUCUGCGACUAUGACAGCGUACACUUGCCCUAACGUCUGUCACUGCUCGGACAGGAACGGCGUGGUGGUGCAGUGCACCUCCCGCAGCUUGGAGAAUAUCCCUCCGAACUUGCCCAGGGACACGGUCGUACUCCUGCUUUCAUCUAACCGGAUCAGACACAUCCCAAAGGAGACCUUCAUGGACCUCCACCGCCUCAGGGAGCUGGACUUAUCUCACAACGCCAUUGAGAGCGUGGAGGUCGGGGCCUUUCAAGGAAUUUCCGACAGCCUGCGGACUUUGGAUCUUUCAAACAACCACCUCAGCAGCCUCCCCAAGGACACCUUCUCCAAGCUCCACGCCCGCGUCCGAUUAUCCCACAACCCCUGGCACUGCGAGUGCUCUUUGCAGGAGGUGCUGAGGGAGCUGAGGCUCGACCCCGAGACGGUGAACGACGUCAGCUGCUCCACGUCGGUGCAGGAGGAGUACGUGGGUCAGCCGGUGAUCCAGGUCCUGGACUCCGGGAUCAAUUUUUGCAAUUUCCACCACAAGACGACAGACGUGGCCAUGUUCGUGGCCAUGUUCUGCUGGUUCUCCAUGGUUACGGCGUACAUCAUUUACUACAUCAACCACAACCAGGAGGACGCCAGGAGGCACAUGGAGUACCUCAAGUCUCUGCCCAGCACCUCCCACAUCAGCAAGGACUACGACACAGCCAGCAGCGUGUUUUAGUGGGUCUGAGUCAACAUGGACCAAUCACUGUUACACAUUUUAUUACCUGUUUACAGUACCUUUACUGUAACGAUGUUUCACUGUAAAACAGCUUUACUGUGAUUGUGCUUUACAGUAUAACUGCUCUACUGUAGUAGUGUUUUACAGUAUCAUACUGUAGAUUACUAUAUACUAAAUACAGCAUACCAUACACUAUUCACUAGUAAUACUACAAAUUUAAACACAGGUUUACUGUAUUUAAUAUAAGAAUAUUUUACUAUGAACAAUCAAAUUUAAUAAAAGUGGUAUUAGUCUGAGUACAGUGGAUAAAAGAAGCAUUUAUCGUCAACAAAUUUACAAAUUAAAUCCAUUUAAUCACAAAACUGAUUUAAGACAGAGGCUUAAAGAAAUAACAAUAUAGACUUUUGUCUAUCCGCCACAACCUUUUCCCUUUAGUGGACGUUGUGGCUCUACAAGAAUAUCACACUAUUUCCUCCUUUACUCCAGACAGACAAAAGUCAGAACUCAUUAAGUCACUUGAACGUAAACAUAUGCAGAUUUUGGACAUGUAUUAAAAUGAUUUUCUUCAGUUACAGCCACACUUUUUGAUUUCUAAUAAUGUCUUCUUCACCUGCAGUCAGAGAUAUUUAAUAAUAAUGUUUCGGUACGCAGAACCUUCAUCAGGUUAUUUCCAUUUUAUUAAACAACCUGAUGAAGGUUGUGUGUACCGAAACAUUGUCGGGAGUGUUUUUGUUCUAUAUUGUCGACCUGAGGUCUCUCCUGGUCGACCUUCAUGUGUGCAAAACUUCUGCUCUUUAAUGAUUUAGAAUAAUAAAAAUGUUGUAUUUCUAAUUAAAAUUCAGUAUUGCAGUUUUAUGUUGAUUCUCUGGGUUUGCGUUCCAGUCCCGUCAUGGGUCUGUGAGUAUCUCAGCCUGUCGCUCAAUAAAUCAGAUACAGCUAACUCGCUACUUCUUAUCACAAAGACAGUGCUGUGUUUAUUUUCUUCUUUCUUCUAUGGACAAUAAAAUAAAACAAAACGUUA